AUCAACGAGAGAAGCAGCUGGUGAAGAUCUGUGGUGCGGAAUCCUCACAUCGGACAAAUGCUGGCUAACUUUGGGCACCCCGCAGUGGCCUACCCACAGCCGCUGAGACGAGCAGCAGAGGCCUUCGGAACAUCCUGCAGAAUGACCGAAGGUACAAUAAUAUGCGGACCUGAAAACACCGGCUUCCAGCUACCGGACUACAGACAGCUCACACGGCUGUACUGCUUGAAUGGCGGAUAUCAUCUACGGAUACGGCCAGACGGAACCGUGGACGGCAACAGAGAGGAGAACGAUUUGUACUGUGUGUUUCGGGUUAGAGCCGUGAGCAUAGGCGUGGUGAUCAUUGCGGGCGUCGAAGCAGGCCGCUACCUGGCAAUGGACAAAGAUGGAAAGCUGUAUGGAUCGAAAACACUGAGUGAGGAGUGCUGCUUCUGUGAGAACAUGGAGGAGAAUCACUACAACACUUACAGGUCCCAGCGGCACGGAGACGGCGCCUGGUACGUGGGAAUCAAGAAGAAUGGGCAGCCAAAACCAGGACCAAGCACCCACAUCGGGCAGAAGGCUGUCUACUUUCUCCCUCGUCCAGCGGACAGAGCUAGUGAAUGAAGGCUGGAUAACAGGGAGCCCACUGACCGAGACCAAACCAGAGAGCCACUGCCUAGCUAGCAAUUUUAAAGGGACAGAGAGCAAAAUUAAAGAUAUAGCAUGCAGUGUUAAAGGGGUAUCAGGCAAUGUAGAAAGGAUGUGGAGCAAUAUUAAAGGGAUGUCAACAUCGCUCCCUCAAAGUGAGUGACAGACAAAAAGGCAAAAAAAGUAUCCAUCAGUACUAAUGAACUCUGUCCUGUGAAUUUUUAUGCCUUCAUAUGCUUGUAGCCUACCUAAACACCCUUAAGA